AUAAUUGGAAAGCUACAGUUGAUACACGCCGUCAUCUUCAAUUUUCUCUUCGAAGAAAAAGAAGUAUUCAUAGCAGGUACUUCCCAAGAAAUUCUAGAGAGAGAAAGUCUGGGUUUUAGAGAGAGAAGAGGGGGAGGUGGGGGAUGGGAAGAGCGUUUGUGUACGUGAUUCUAGGUGGAGGUGUUGCAGCUGGAUAUGCAGCUCUUGAAUUCACCAGGAGAGGAGUCUCUCAUGGUGAACUCUGUAUCAUUUCUGAAGAAUCUGCUGUGCCUUAUGAGAGACCUGCAUUAAGUAAAGGUUUUUUACUUCCUGAAGCUCCAGCACGCCUCCCAUCAUUUCACACUUGUGUAGGGAACAAUGAGGAAAGGCUAACUCCAAAAUGGUACAAGGAACAUGGAAUUGAACUCGUUCUUGGAACACGAGUCAAGUCUGCUGAUGUGAGGCGGAAAACACUACUAACAGCAACUGGGGAAACUAUAAGCUACAAGAUUCUCAUCAUUGCUACAGGUGCUCGGGCUUUGAAGCUUGAAGAGUUUGGAGUGAGUGGAUCAGAUGCUGAGAAUGUGUGUUAUUUACGUGAUUUGGACGAUGCAACGAGGCUUGUCAGAACUAUAGAAUCCUGUAAUGGUGGGAAUGCGAUUGUCAUUGGUGGCGGUUACAUAGGAAUGGAGUGUGCUGCUUCUUUGGUGAUAAAUAAGAUAAAUGUCACCAUGGUUUUUCCAGAGGCACAUUGCAUGGCCCGCUUAUUUACACCCAAGAUUGCUAGUUAUUAUGAAGAUUAUUACAAGUCUAAAGGAGUAAAGUUUGUUAAAGGAACUGUCUUGUCAUCAUUUGACCUCAACUCUGAGGGAAAGGUUACAGCAGUUAAUCUCAGGGAUGGGAGUCGGCUCCCAGCGGAUAUGGUUGUUGUGGGAAUCGGAAUCCGUCCAAACACAGGCCUGUUUGAAGGCCAACUAACCCUGGAGAAAGGUGGGAUCAAAGUGAAUGGACACUUGCAGUCGAGCAACAGCUCAGUCUAUGCUGUUGGUGAUGUCGCGGCGUUUCCGGUCAAACUUUUUGGUGAUACCCGAAGACUCGAGCAUGUUGAUUCAGCCCGAAGGUCGGCAAAACAUGCGGUGGCUGCAAUAAUGGAACCAGACAAAACCAGUGAAUUCGACUACCUGCCAUUCUUCUAUUCCAGAGUCUUUACGUUAUCUUGGCAGGUUUAUGGAGACAAUGUAGGGGAGGCAAUCCAUUUUGGGGAUUUUUCUGGAAAUGCCUUUGGGGCUUAUUGGGUGAGCAAUGGUCAUCUUGUUGGGUCUUUUCUAGAAGGUGGAACCAAAGAGGAGUACGAGGCUAUAGCCAAGGCCACCAGGCUGAAACCAGCAAUUGAAAACUUGGCUGAACUUGAAAAUCAGGGCUUGGGUUUUGCUUUGGCAUUGAGUGAGAAGCAACCGCCAACACUGCCUGUUGAAGUUGGUGGUUCUGAACUGGUUGUAGAGAAACCAUUAUAUGCUUGGCAUGCAACAGCUGGUGUUAUUGUGGCUGCAUCAGUAGCAGUAUUUGCAUUGUGGUAUGGAAGGAGGCGCCGGAGGUGGUGAAAAAAUAUUCAUUUUUGCAAUGGCGCUUGGAGACGGAUGCUCGAUUUUACUUAAGUCAAUGUUGUAAAACCCAUGUUGUAGCAUUUUUUAGAGUUAGGAUAUGUAAAGUACUCUUUAAAUCCGACAGGAAUUAUUUAUGUUAAGGGAAUGUUUUAGAAUCCAACAAUUACUCUAGAUUAUUUCUGUUAAGGGGUUGUUUUAGAAGUAACACUUACUCUGGAUUAUUUAUGUUAAGGGAUUGUUUUAGAAUCCAAUAGAA